GAGUCAACGGCUAUCAACGCGUCUGCCCCAACCAUGAGAAAGAAGCUGUACCUGCUGUGCGGUCUGAACAGCGAGCGGAAGCUGAUCGUGGACCUGCUCGCGAUACUGUUCGGCAUCGGGUCCUGGCUCGGCAUCAACUCGGUGUACGUGCAGCUGCCGCUGCUGGUCGGUAAUGCGCCGGAAGGCUGGAACCUGCCCUCGUACCUGGUGGUCAUCAUCCAGCUCGGCAACAUCGGUCCAAUCCUGUAUACGGCCGCGCUGCGCAUCAAGUCCUUCCGAGACUCCUACCUGAUCAUUGCGUUGCUCGUACUCGGGUCGUGCGCCGCCAUGACGACCGCGUUCGUCUACGAUCAGACGGUGCACGUGUUUGGUGCGGAACGGUCCGUACCGCUGUUCAUUACGGUGUUCGGCCUAUCGCUGGUCGGCUGUACCAGCUCGGUCCUGUUCAUGCCGUACAUGGGCCGGUUUAAAGGCAUCUAUCUCAUCACCUACCUGAUUGGAGAAGGGUUCAGCGGGUUCGUGCCGAGCAUUGUCGCGCUGAUCCAGGGUGUUGGCGGCAAUGGGGAGUGUAUCGCGGUCAAUGGGACCGAUCCGAAUGAGCCGCCACAGUACACGAGCUACACGCCGCCGCCUCGCUUCGGCACGCGCCCGUACUUCAUCGUGUCGUCCGUCAUACUGGCCAUCAGCAUGGUGGCGUUUGUGCUGCUGGACCGGCUGGCCGUCUGUCGGCGCGAGUAUGCGGCCGUUUCGAUCGGCAAUGGGAACAAUUACGCGUACGAGCCAAGCACACCGAACGAUGAGGAGACACGGUCGGCGGCAGGUGAUGCUGCGACCACCACCAAGGGGAAGGCUUCACUGGACCGUACCAACUACCUGCUGAUGAUGGUGCUGAUCAGCGUGAUGUGCCUGUUCGGCAACGGGUUCUUCCCGAGCAUCCAGUCGUACUCGUGCUUACCGUACGGCAACGUUGCCUACCAUCUGACGGUGACGCUCAGCAGCAUGGCCAACCCGGCCGCCUGCUUUUUGGCGUUCUUCGUCCAGCGCAACUCGAUCCGGUCGAUCGUUGCCCUGUCGGCCGUGUUCGUUCCGUUUGCGGCGUACGCACUGACCACCGCUAUGACUAGCCCGGAUCCGCCACUGAUGCACCACGUGCUCGGUGACAUCUUGGUGGUUGCCUGCUGGACGCUGCUGGUCGGUCUGGUGAGCUACAUCCGUCUGGCCAUCACGACGCUGCUGCGCUGCGAAGGUGGCCAAACGCUCGUCUGGGUCGGUGUCGCGUCCCAGCUCGGGUCCCUCGUCGGCUCGAUCCUGUCCUUCACGCUGGUCAACUUUACCGACACCUUCCAGCAGUACUAUCCUUGCUGAAAGGGGAUGAAGCAGAAAUCAUUCCGUUCGCUUUGUAGCAGCUAACAAUCGAUUUUUGGGGGGACCGCAUCUGCAAGCAAUAUUUAUAAACACUGCUCUAAUUCUUAAGUACUGACUCUGUGGCCGGACGCGCGUCCGGAGCGUCUGAGCCAAAAUUGCCUUUAAAAGUAAGCAUUGUUUUCUUUCGUGAUAUUAUACUGAACUGAAACAGUCCAGGUACAAUAAAUGCUUUCGAACUAUA